AUGGCGCCGCCAGCGGGCGGGGCGGCGGCGGCGGCCUCGGAUUUGGGGUCGGCCGCAGUGCUCUUGGCUGUGCACGCCGCGGUGAGGCCGCUGGGCGCCGGGCCAGACGCCGAGGCACAGCUGCGGAAGCUGCAGCUGAGCGCGGACCCUGAGCGGCCUGGGCGCUUCCGGCUGGAGCUGCUGGGCGCGGGACCUGGGGCGGUUAAUUUGGAGUGGCCCCUGGAGUCAGUCUCCUACACCAUCCGAGGCCCCACCCAGCACGAGCUACAGCCUCCACCAGGAGGGCCUGGAACCCUCAGCCUGCACUUCCUCAACCCUCAGGAAGCUCAGCGGUGGGCAGUCCUAGUCCGAGGUGCUACCGUGGAAGGACAGAAUGGCAGGAACAGCAACUCACCACCAGCCCUGGGCCCAGAAGCAUGCCCUGUCUCCCUGCCCAGUCCCCCGGAAGCCCCCACACUCAAGGCCCCUCAACCUGAGGCAGAUCUUCCUAGGAGCCCUGGAAACUUGAUGGAGAGAGAAGAGCUGGCAGGGAGCCUGGCCCGGGCUAUUGCAGGUGGAGACGAGAAGGGGGCAGCCCAAGCGGCAGCCGUCUUGGCCCAGCAUCGUGUGGCCCUCAGUGUUCAGCUUCAGGAGGCCUGCUUCCCACCUGGCCCCAUCAGGCUGCAGGUCACACUUGAAGACGCUGCCUCUGCCGCAUCUACCGCGUCCUCUGCACAUGUUGCCCUGCAGGUCCACCCCCACUGCACCGUUGCAGCUCUCCAGGAGCAGGUGUUCUCAGAGCUCGGUUUCCCGCCAGCCGUGCAACGCUGGGUCAUCGGACGGUGCCUGUGUGUGCCUGAGCGCAGCCUUGCCUCCUAUGGGGUUCGGCAGGAUGGGGACCCUGCUUUCCUCUACUUGCUGUCGGCUCCUCGAGACGCCCCAGCCACAGGACCUAGCCCUCAGCGCCCCCAGAAGAUGGACGGGGAACUUGGACGCUUGUUUCCCCCAUCAUUGGGGCUACCCCCAGGCCCCCAGCCAGCUGCCUCCAGCCUGCCCAGUCCUCUCCAGCCCAGCUGGCCCUGUCCUUCCUGCACCUUCAUCAAUGCCCCAAGCCGCCCUGGCUGUGAGAUGUGUAGCACCCAGAGGCCCUGCACUUGGGACCCCCUUGCUGCAGCUUCCACCUAGCAGCCACCAGAGGUACCAGAGGUACCAGAGGUGGCACAGGCAGGGGAGGUAGCGGGCAGGGCAGAAUCUACAGGAAUGACCCAGCUCCUCCCCAACAGGUUACAAGGGGAGAGUGGCCCUUCCCUCACAGGUCCGACAUCUCCAGGCCCCCGCCGAACUCCGGGGACCUCUACUGACUGCUUGCUGGGACAGUCACCAGGGUUAGGGGGAAGGGCCACAAAAUGAAACCAUUAAAGACACUUAAGAGCCA